AUGGCCGGGAUAGAUGGCAGCUUGCUUGGUAACAUGACUAAAGCAGGUGAAUCACCAGCUACAAGCCUCGUGGCUCUCAUGAUCCUGACAUCUGCUUCACUCCUCUGGUGCCUCUUCUCCCUGUUCGGCUACUCCCGUCGCCACUUUCCCUACAAAGUCACUAUCGUCACCGACUUAAUUUUCCUCAUUGCCUUUGGUGUUUUUUCGGUCCUCCUCGGCCUUCCCAUGCACGAUGGCGGUACAAAGUGCCCUCGAGUCAAAGCAGAGGGUGGCUUUGCCCUCCAAGCCGGCCCAUUGGGGGUCCUUAAUUUCUCUGGCGUACCAAACGGUCGUGUGUCAUGCACGAAAAUCUAUCUUCUCUGGGUCCUUAUGCUGGUGGACUGCGCGUCUUUCGUCCUAAGCGCUGCCUCAGUCGGGGUUAUUGCGUCUAAGGAGACGCAGUCCAACAAAGCACUAUGGUGUGCGAGGGCAAUGAGUGGUCCGGUGGGUGACAGUGACUAUCAACGCGGUCCGUCCGAGAUCUCUGUGGCGGGAUUGGAGGAGGUUGUCUCUGGAGCCGAGCGGCAGUUCCGGCCACGACCGAAUAUACACGUCAGAGAACGAAGUCUAGAUUCCGGGAACGUAGCUCAUGACGAUGGCAGGAGCGGCGGUGGUACCUACCACCAAGCAGAUACAGUAUCUGGAACCCCAUAUCGUGUCGACACGACAAGUAGACUCGGUACGGGCUCAAGCCGCCGGGAAGGAGCAGCAGGAUCAGGGGAGCAGCAGAGUCCCAACCAGAACCAGGGGCAGCAACAACAAUGCCGAGCAGAAAGACGUGCAAACAAUCGGGUACUUACCACCAAAUCACCACCCAAGCCAAUUCCCAUUGCCGUUCUCCAAGCGCGCAGUGACACUCUGGACCAGUUGGAAGGCCGAUCAUCGGCAUCCAUUGAUUUGGCUGAUGCUCCUUAUUACCGAGACCUGUAUGCUUACUUUGCUCAACCGAGGAACCCUUCCGGUCCCGGCCCCGGCCCCGGCGCCGUACCCGAUAGUCACAGCCGGGCAACACCUUUCACCAACACCAACCAGUACAAUCCACAAGAGCAAACACACAGGAAGUGGAAAAAACAACGCCCUUCCGGGGUUUUAUUCCAACCCAGCUCCAACAUUGCGUCCACCCCAAUCCACCAUCCCCAUUCCGGUCCCGAUCCCAAUCCCGAUCCCGAUCCUGUAUCCACGGUCAAAUCCAAUAUCCACACCUCCAACCACCACUCGAAAACCACCCCCAUCCCUCCAACCCAAACACAGACGCAAACACCCAGACAACACGACUCCUACACCUCCUCCGUCUACUCCAGCCCCUCCAACUACGACAACACCCGGCUCGACCACCGUGACAUCCCCUCGCCGGUUGGUCUAGACCCUCCACCUCGCUCUUCUCUAGGCGCCGUCGGGUUGAAGUACAGCCUACCGCCGCGACCGAGGACGACUUUGCGACUGGUGGACCAAGAGACUUUGAAUAAGUUGGAGGGGAUAAACGAGGAGAAGGAGGAGGUUGGGAGUGUCAUUGUGCACAUGGACGGGGGGCAUGGGCAUGGGGAUGCGGUUGUUGAGUUGAAGGAGAUUCCUAGAGGUAGUUCACCUGCUGUAUCGCCGGGUAGGAGGGUACCGGGGGGGACACAGCUAGAUGGGCAGCCGGAAGUGCCGACAGAGAGAAAAGAACAAGUGUGGGAAUGGGAGUGGGAGUGGGGGCAACGAUCGAAGCAAGAAGAAGAAGAAGAAGAAGAGACACGGGGUGCUAGAAGGGCUGCUGCUGGAGAGGAUAGAGGGGCAAGGGUUACACGAUGGCCUGAUGUCUGGGGUGUUGGUCUAGGUUCAGGACAUGGACGACGCGAUGAUGGUGAUGAUGAGCAGUGCAGUACAAGUACCUCUAGUAAGCAUCGUGGCGGCGUUUUCAGAGCUAGGUCAACCAGGUUGUUCUCGACUAUUGGAGCUUGGUUGAAUGGUAUUGAUGAUGGUAUUAGGAAUGAUGGAACUCGCCAGCGGGAUAGCUAUGAACUCCGGUCGGAGCAUGGGAGAGGAGGUCGCCCGUGGGAUAUGGUUUAGAUACAGGGGACUAGUGAUCUGGAGGUAGACAACGGAAAUAGUGAAUAGCUAAGCGCAUGCAUGCUCUUUGU